AUGAACGAGUUCGUCAACGACAAAAAUUGGUACGUGCCGCCAUCACACCCAUCGCAUACGACGUCUAGUCCGGGGGUGGCUAGCAACAUCGACAUAACAUCGUCAGUUAGCACUGUCAUGUACGAGAUCAGUGAUAUGGAGCCCGCUGAAGGGAGGGACAAGGGCAAGGUUGCGGAUAAUGAGGGGCCGAAGAAAUAUAGUCCGCACGAGACAUUGUGGUUGGCCAAGAACUUCGUCGACGUCUCCAAGGAUCCUAUCAUCGGCAACCAGCAGAGCGGCAAGGUGUUCUGGCUGCGGAUUGCGGAGAAGUACAACGCUGGUCGUCCUAGAGGGUCGGUCGAGCGUAGCUACGUGAAGCUGCGCAAGCAUUGGAGUCGGGUCCAGAAGGAGAUGAACAAGUGGAAUGGCAAGUGGACCAACGUAAUCCGGAUGUGGCCGAGCGGGCACAACGAGAUGAACCUCGUGGAGAAGGCCAAGGCGGAGUUCUUCGCUGACGGGAAGAAGCACUUCAAGUACUUCGACGUUUGGAAGAUUGUCGAGAAGAGCUCGAAGUACAUCAGUGGGGCCGAACCGACGACGGACAUGGCUAACAUUCAAAAGAAGAAGGAAGAAGAGAAGGCUCUUAAGGAGCUAAGGGCAAAGGCUCAGCAGAAAGGAUCAUUUGGAGGUUCUGGCUUGAAGAAAAGUGGCAAGAAAUGA